GGGAGAGGGGAGAAGACGAGAGACUUCACCUGAAUCAGACCGCCGAGUUUCUCGACGAGAAACACCAGAGCCAUGCAAACGAUACCGAUCACGACCACCGUGGCUUUCAUCGUUCGGCUGGCAGCCGUGUCCGAGAUGGGCCCUCGCAGCCACGGUUUUAUCAUGUCCUCGAAUAUCACUCCGGACAUGGAGUUCAAGCCGGUGGACAUGGUGCUGCAACGAAACGUGGACGCUGAUAUUCCGUCGGCCGUUGACCGCCGACGAGGGAUCGAGGCGAGAACGAGAUCUCUCGACGCGGACAGCUUACCUGAGGGCUGCGCUGAACACGCAGGCGACGAACAGGCCCGGCAGUCCGGGUAUCGAGGUGGACAAUUCCAUUACGUAGAAAGGCAACAGCUGAUCCGAUUUACCUAUUUGCUGGAACGAAUCGCGUUGAGUGGCGCGAACAAAAACGAAUGCGAGACGCGAGCGAGCGGGUGGUAUCGCGACGUUACCUUGGUUUUGACCGGAUCGCAAUCGUGAAACGCUGCAAACACGACCAGGCCGGUGUAGCAACACAACGAGACGAUGAUUAUUAUGCCGAUCGCCAUUAUCGCGAUCGUUCUAAAGAACGCGCGAAAGGUUCGGCAUCGCCAAGCAUCGCUGCACCAUCGCCUGGUUCACCGAACAGGACGCCAGCCAGUUCAAAUAGUUGCCAACGACCACGGACCAGAAGGUGUGCCGCGUCGUCGGAUUCGGAUCCAUGCUGAGGGUCGGAAGAAUCGAGCGGUUCAGACAACCGGAAGCGCGAACGGAAUUCGCCGAAAUUCGCGGCGAUCGAGGACGGAGUGCAACCUCUGGAAGCCAUGCUGUACACCGUCGAACGCAUCAACGAGGACCCCGAGAUACUGCCGGGCAUACGACUCGGUGCUCUGGCCUUCGAUACGUGCGACAACCCGAGUUACGCGCUGGAACAGGCCUUCUAUUUCGUGAAAGGUUCGAUGGCGCGCGGCAAUCGGCACGGGGAAAAAGAGUUCCGAUGCGAGGAUCGAAGCGCGCCGAGGUUCAUGAACGGAGGAUUCGACGACGUGAUCGCGGUGCUCGGGGCGCAGUCGAGUUCGGUCACCAUUCAGGUCGCGUCGGUGCUGACGCUCUUCUCGAUCCCGCAAAUCUCCUACAUGGCCACGUCGCCGUUCUUGAGCAGCAAAGAAAGGUUCCCGCAGUUUUUCCGAACGGUACCGAGCGACGUGAACCAAGCGCGCGCCAUGCUCGAGAUACUUCGUGUUUCGUGUUUCGUGUUUCGUAUUCCCGGCAGACGGUUCGAGUGGACGUACGCUUCGAUCGUAUAUUCGGACUCGGAGUACGGCGAUCACGGGUACGAGACGCUGAUCUCCCUGGCGAGCGAGUACUCGAUCUGCUUCACCGCUCCGCACAGAAUCAAAGAGGACCGUUUCGCGGACCAAGACUACGACGACGUGGUCCACAGCAUCGUCGAGAAAACCGACGUCCGAGUGGUGGUGCUGUUCGCGGAAAAGUCGGCGACUCUGCGCGUGCUGGAGGCGGCGAGUCGAAUGGGCCUGCAUUCCAAGUUCGUUUGGUUGGGCAGCGAUUCGUGGCCGGAUCGAAUCGACGAAGAACGGAGGAGCAGCGUGCUCGAGAUGGAGGGAGCGCUCGCCGUGCAGCCCCUCUACGCCCCGCUCUCGGGCUUCGACGAGUAUUUCACGGGCUUGACGCUCGUGCACGAGAAACAGAACCCUUGGUUCCGCGAAUUCUGGUACAAGUACCACGGCUGCGGCUACUCGAGCGAGGAGCGAGCCGAGGACGGAUGCGCGGAUCCGAAUCUCCGAAUCGAUCGGUCCAACGGCUACAAGCAACGGAGAUUCCUGCAUUUCGUUCGAGACGCGGUCUACGCGGUGGCGUACGCCCUGCGCGACGCGCAAACGGACAGCUGCGGCCCUGGAUAUCGCGGUAUUUGCGAACGGAUGCGAUCCAUGGACGGCGAAACGUUUUCUCGAUACCUGUCCAACGUGUCGUUCGCGGACGAAUCGGGCUACGGAUUCGAAUUCGUGAACCAAGUGGACGGACCGCCGAGAUACUCGAUUCUGAACUUUCGACGGACCUCGAACGGCUCGUAUCGGUGGGCGAUCGUUGGAAAUUACACGCCGAACGAGCAAGGACGAGCGGAGCUUCGGCUGGACCGCGAGAAGAUGAGGUUCCGCGGGGAGGUCGACUUUCCGGCGUCCUCCUGUUCCAGACCGUGCGGCUCCGAUCGGAUCAUGGUGCGAGCGAAGGAGGACCCGUGCUGCUGGCGAUGUCAGAGCUGCGGCCUCUACCGGUACCGGGUCGACGAGCACAGGUGCGAGGAGUGCGCGCGGGGAACCCGGCCGACCGCGAACGGCACCGGGUGCGAGCCGAUUCCCGAGCAGUUCGUCGACCACUCGAACCCGUGGGCGAUCGCCGCCAUGGCGGUCGCCGUCCUCGGUAAGCCUCGAACGCUCUCUCCUCGAGGCGAAGCCUCCACACGCGUUCCUCUUCUCGUGUCCGCAGGCAUAUCGUUGACCGGUUUCGUUUUCUCGGUGUUCUGGUGGUAUCGCGAGACACCGAUGAUCAAAGCCUCCGGCCGGGAGUUGUCGUUCCUGCUGCUGGUCGGCGCGCUCGCCAGUUUCUCGAUCACGUUCGCGAUCGUGGCCAAGCCGAGCACCGGCAGUUGCGCCGUCGUCCGUUUCGGCAUCGGAUUCUGCUACACGGUCUGCUACGCCGCGCUGGCCACCAAGAUCAACAGGAUCCACCGGAUAUUCAACGAUCCCGGACCGAGUCCGCGAAAGCGACGGUACACCAGCCCGAGGUCGCAGCUGACGAUCGCGGGCAUCCUGACGCUCGCGGAGGUCGCGUUGGACGCGGCUUGGCUGCUGAGGGAACCGCCGUCGGUGAUCAACUCCUAUCCCAGCAGAGAGGCGAACGUCAGAAUCUGUCGCGGAUCCGAGGACGGGUCGUACGUGAUCGGUCUGGCGUAUCCGUUCGUGCUGACGGUGGCGUCCACGUUCUACGCGAUCAAGACCAGAAAGUGCCCGGAGGGAUUCAACGAGACCCGACUGAUCGGGUUCGCGAACUACGCGACGAUCGUUCUGUGGCUCGCGUUCGUGCCCCUCUACCUGGCCUCGGUCAGCAACCUGGUCAGAGCGAUCACGUUGGCGCUCUCGCUGUCGCUGAACGGUCUGGUGCAGCUGCUCUGCCUCUUCCUGCCGAAAGUUUACGUGGUGCUGAUCAAGCCGGAGAAGAACACAAGGGAGCUGGUCAUGUCGAGAUCGCCGCACGCCGCCGGCUCCUCGAAUCCGACGGUGACGAUACCGCUCGAGGCUCCCUCUCGGUCGCCUUCGAUCGCGAAUCGAUCCGCCCGGUCCGACCUCCAGCCGUAGACUCGAGUCGAGACGAGACCCGCGCGCCAAGGAAGAAGAGGAUCGAUCGCGAUCGAACAGAAAUAUUUUCGGACAGGUAGUUGUCCUCGUCGCAGAUGUUGGAGCACGGCGUGCACAGGUUGUUGUGCUUGUUGCAGUAUUCGGUGACCGGGCAGACGUCGCCGCAGUUCUCCCUGCGCGUGUUCAUUCCUUCGACCAUCGGACCCGCGAAUCCAGCGAUUCCCGCGAGCAACAGCCCCGCGGCGAGAGUCUCGACGCUCAUGUCGCCUCCGCGAGCCGAGGAACGCGUACGCUUCGACGGUGCUUCGCCUUCGACGGCCCAGCCUCGUCUCGCCUCGCUCCUCUCAACGUCGAUCCACCGAAACGUCUUCGUCGAGAACCAUGUUUGUCCUGAAACUGUGCCGGACGCGUACGGCUCGUCUUAGAAAAUCGAGCACGGCUCUGUCAAGGAUUCGCGCGCGAGAAAGGAUCGAGAGAAGCGAGAAUACACGCGGCCGAACGGGACGGGGCAUCCGCGAUCGGAAAGCCGGCCGAAGAAAUACGCUGGGCGUGAGUCAUCGCGCUUCGAACCAGGCUCGAACGAUCCUUGGAUCGGCCGUUCGCCGAACGUUUCUCCUCGAGCCGUGUUCGACCGCGUCGUAUCUUCGACCCGUUUCUCUCUCGGAAAUACCGAUGCGUCGCUACGUGGCGCGACUACGGCCCAGGUGCUACGUCGCCGUCCCUCCGUCCUCCGUGCUUCGGAUCCCUCGAUUUUGCUGGACACUCGCGUCGCGGUGCUGGAAAUAUUCUCGCAAAAAAGUAUGCAAAGUCGGAGAGAACGAUAGAAAUUGCAGAGCCGUGCCUGGCAUCUCGCGGUACCGGAUCGACGCACGGACACGGAUCGUCGCGCGUCGAAGGACACGCGUCGAGGCCCGGACGAGAGGCGUCCGUGGAAGGAGACGCGACGCCUCGAACUCCAACGCGAACGCGGAGAAGAGAGAAACGGUUUUACUACGGAGAGAUCGGAUCGUGGCUGGUCGGUCGAUCGAGGACAGGAAUGUCGUCCGACCGGUUUCGACUUUGCGAGCGCGUACCGACGCGUUACGGCCGCGCGACGACGACGGCGACGACGACGGACGCGCGUGCUACGAAUUCUAGGAAGCCUCGAGAGAGCGAAACGUCGACGCCCGGACGAAACGAUUCGUUCGAGACGGUGGAAUCGGUUUCACCGCCGCCGCGUCUCCUCUUCGAUCCCACGGAUCGUACGCGCCUGCGCCUGCGCCCACGCGCGACCGAUUCGACGGUGCCCACUUCCGUCGACGCGAUCCCGCGGCCGAACUCGGAUCGCGGCUCGAUCGCGCGUUCUCUUACUUGGCUGUCGGUUGGUCCGAGAUCGGCGAACUCGAUCGGGUCGUCCGACGAGCACCGGCCGCUCGCAUAUCGUCGACGAUCCCGGAAAGGAAAACGCGUCGCCUCCUCGAGCGUUCGCGGUAAACUGUCGAUCGCGAGCCGAGACGAGAGUCGAGAACCGCGAGCCGAGAGCUACCAGGCUACCACCUUGCUUCCUGCCACUACCGCCUGCAGCGCACCUGAAUCCGAAUCCCACCUCGCCGCCGCUCCAACACCGAUGCCAACACCGACACCGACGACUCCGACCGAGUCGACUUCCCCUCUGUCUCCCGCUGACCCCUCCCCGCCAUCCACGGUCCCCCUGGCGAUUGUUACCUGUUCAUCGGCUGCUUGGCUUGGCUCGGCUCGACUCGACUCGACUCGACUCGACUCGUCUGUCUUCGAAGCGACUUACCUGUUGCGACGAGCGCGGAUCGCUCGAUAACGCCGUCGCGUUUUCGACGCUCGCUCGAAGUCGAGGAACAACCAUGAUCCUCCGCAACCGGCCGGAACGUCGACGGUCCAAGGUCGAAGCUACUACGGUUCAGGGUGAAACGAACAACUGGAGGCGACGGUGCGUGCUUGACAGCGUGUCCGCGCUUUAUUAUUUCUUUAUCGAACGUCGCGUCGGAUCGAGCACGAACUCGGUGUCUCGAUCUUUGUACCGCACGGAGUCGCGUCGUGGUACAACUCUUUCCGUUAUUGUUCGUACAAAAUAUAUAUCAUUGUAACGGUUUGUAUCUACGAUAAUCGGUUUACAGUAAUAAUAAUAAUAACCAUAAUUGUAAUCAUAA